AUGUCAUAACGUUAAGGAUUUCAUCACAAUUAUAAAGAGUUAAUAGAAAAUGUAAAAGCCAUUUAAAAUGAAUUUUUUAAUAAUGAUGAAGAAACUUCAUAAAAGAUUAAACAAUUGAUUGAUUAUCAAUAAAUAAUUGAAAAUUAUGAUAAAGAAGAAGAAAGAAUAAAUAAAUAGAAUGAAAUUGAAAGAGCAUAGCAUUAAUUGAUUUUUUGGGCAAAAAUGAUAAAUGAUAAUUCUAAAGGUGAUGAAUUAUAAUUGAGGCAAUUUUUUAAUUAAUUGGAAGAAAUAUUUUAAUUAAAAAUUUAAAGUUAAAAUGGCUAAGAUCAUUAAGUCAAUAUAGAAUUGAGAAGUGAACAUAUGGAAGGUAUCACAAUUUCCCACGAAAGAGAUAUUGAAUAAAAUAAAGAAAAGAUAUAAAAUGAAAAGAUAAUUGAUGAAAUUGAUGAAAUAAUUAUUGAUGAAUAAUAAUGA